AUGCCGGAGUGUCCCGAUUUUCCUUUCACCAUACCCAUUAUUCGAUACACCAUGGAGGAGGAUCGAUCAGCCAGUUCUGACAGGCAGCAGCCGACGAAGAAAAUGUCUUUGCUGACGCCUGUCAAAAUUGAAACACCAGAUGCUGGUAGGAGGUUAUCCGAACCCACGAGAUAUUACAUUCCACCGCAAUGCAAUAACAGGUUGUCACCAAGAAGUGCUAGGAAACGUGACAGAAGAAAUUCCAAAACAGAUUUAAAAGACUCUACCUGUAAAGAAACGUUUGGUCCUAAGCCAUGUAACUGUGAAGAUUGUAGAGCUUCAAGUCCUUUGCCUCCUGGGUAUGGCCCACCUACAUUGUCUCCUGGCUAUGACCAAAUGAAAACUUCUCUAUUAGAGGUUCCCUGGAACGAGGACUUUACUGAGGCAUCCAGUGAUGAUCUCAGUUCAGAAUGGGAUUCAGACGUUCCCGAACCACCUCGACCCACUCAAAAGAUAAGCCGGAGGUCGCAGGAUCCAAUCUUGCUCAGGGCAAAUUGUUAUGCUUAUAUCAGCUAUGGUCGCGAUAUGGAGUUAGGGCUAGUGAAAGCCGUUGAG